AGAAGACAGAGCAGUAUCAAAAGAGCCGGCCGAUAUUCAAGAAAGUCAUAUAGUAGAAAACCAGCAUACAAUAAACACCCAGCACACUAAAAUACAAGAUAAAGAUGCAGAAUCAGUACACCUGCUAACUCUCGAGGUUGAUUAAUGUGGGGAUUGGCGCGGCGUAUGUAUUCGAGAUUAGAUAGCGCUCUAAUUUACUGGCGACUCAUUCUGCCUCCGGAUGACAAUGCCCUGUUUCUUCAUAUAAUCUGUCACUAUUAUCUCUUCUAAUUGUUCAAAAUAAACACCUCUCUACUUCCGCUUCAACAAGUAUGGAAUCUAUAACGUGUUAAAGAAUGAGACAACGCAGCGAUAGGCGUACUUGGCCUCCGGCACACGCAAGAUAAGCACCGCCGCACCAACCUUGAAUGUCCAACUACUACUCCUCGACUCCCUUCUUCCUCACCACUCAAUCCUACGGCGACGCACUGCGACAAUCAUGUCUCCCUGGACGUCUGCUGCGGGUGUCGACGACGACGAUGACGUUAUUCUGCCAGCUACCCAGCCAGGACCGCAUUCGCGCUUCGCGGAUACGAUCAAGAAUGGGAAGCUUGUGAGCGUGCAGGCCGAUCCUGAUUUCGAUGUCGAGGAGGCCGAGUUUUUGGAUUUGACCUUGCCUGAGCCUGAUGUGGGAUUUCGUCCAUGGCUGUCUGUCAUUGGUGGACUUGCCGCCCAAUUCAGUUCGUUUGGAUACCUAAACAUCGUCGGCGUCUUCUUAGCCUACUACAAGACCCACCAACUUGAGGAUCUCUCACCAGCGACAAUCUCGUGGAUUGGGUCAGUCCAGUCCUUUGUGUUUUCCCUCUCCGGCAUCGUCUGUGGCCGCGCAUGCGACAUGUACGGUCCCCGAGUCCUGACAAUGAUCGGCACGUUCGUCCUCCCCGCCGGGAUCCUGCUGACCGCGUUCUGCACGCGGUGGAUCGAGGUGCUGAUUGCGCAGAGCGUGAUUGCGCCGUUUGGCGGGGCGAUGCUGUUUUAUGGCACGACGGCGAGUAUGUCGAGCUGGUUUGCGAAACGACGGGGUAUGGCGUUUGGCAUCGCGACUUCGGGGUCGAGUAUCGGAGGCGUGAUCUUGUCGUAUAUCUUUGACCGUCUCGCCACGCACAAGAGUUACAAGCGUGCGAUUUUUGCUCUAGCAGCUAUUGAGUUUUGUGUUGCGGCCGUGACCAUCCCCACCUCGUCUUUGCGCAUAAAGUCCGGCAACAACGCGCGCCGAUCGUUUGAUUUCCAUCGCAACUUCAUCCGCCCAUUCGAGACUGAGCCCGUGUUUGCGCUUUUCACGCUCGCAAUGACAGUUAUCUACCUCGGCAUCUUCGUGCCCUACGCCUUCAUGGCCACUCACAGUCUCACGCUCGGCGUGCCGCUCGACCGCGCGAUGCACGUCGUCACCGCCAUGAACGCAGGCUCGUUCUUCGGCCGUAUCGCAGCAGGAAGUAUAGCCGACAUCCGCGCGCACUCGCGCAGGUGGCAAUUCCUGACCUUUGUAGGCGUCACCAGCUGCGCCGCGCUCGCGUGCUUCCCGCUCUGGUUCAUGAGCACGACAGAGUACUCCGUCGUGUUCACCGCGGCGAUCUACGGCGCCGCCAGCGGCGGCAUCCUCGCGCUGUAUCCGGCGGCCAUCGCGCGCAUCUCGCCGUUGCAGGAAAUUGGCUCGCGCGUGGGCGCCGUGAGCUCGGUUAUGGCGUUUGGAUCGCUUGUGGCGUUGCCGGUGGCAGGGACGAUUAUGGGGAAGUCUUCUGGCGGGGAGGAUUUUGGCGGGUUGCAGAUUUAUGCGGGGACGGUGUUGGCGGGGGGUGCGUUUGUUGCGUAUUUGGCGAGUAAGAGGGUUGAUGAGGGGAAUAUUAGGCUUGAGGAUGACAGUUGAUGAUGAUGAUAAAUCUAUGUUUAAAGUCCGUUGCAACAAGUAGGCUAGGACAGUUGAUUGAUGUAUCUUAUCAGGGAGUUUUGCGUUUUGUCUAUUUUUUUUCUUCCUGUAUAAACUGAUAUGACUUGAUGAUCAAUAUAUUGAUAAACUGCUAAACCAGC